AUGGAGCAACAGUAUCCACCAUUGAAUGGUUCGAAAACAUACAAAGUUCCCCGACGUCCGUUCGAAAGGGAGCGGCUUGAUCAGGAACUUAAACUAAUUGGGGAGUACGGGCUCCGAAACAAACGUGAAAUCUGGCGGGUCGCCUAUACGCUAUCCAACAUUCGUCGUGCCGCACGUGAACUUCUAACCCUUGACGACAAAGAUCCUCGACGAUUGUUUGAGGGUAAUGCGUUGAUUAGGCGUUUGGUUAGAAUUGGGGUAUUGGACGAGACAAAGUUGAAGCUGGAUUACGUACUUGCGUUGAAGAUUGAAGACUUUUUGGAGAGACGGUUACAGACACAAGUGUUUAAAUUGGGAUUGGCGAGGAGCAUUCAUCAUGCCAGAGUUUUGAUUAGGCAGAGGCAUAUUUGCGUUGGAAAGCGAAUUGUCAACAUUCCCAGCUUCACUGUUCGUCUCGAUUCCCAGAAGCACAUUGACUUCUCUCAGACAUCACCAUACGGUGGUGGACGCCCGGGACGCGUUAAGAGAAAGCGUCAAAAAAGUGCUUCUAAGAAUGCUAAUGAGGAGGAAGAUGAUGAAUAA